UAGAAAUAACCAUGAAUGAAGAAGGUCCCAAGCUUUUCACGAAUAAACCCAAGAAGAAAGCUCAAGCACCUCGAAGCCUACGGUUCCACGAUGAGUGGUGACUCUGUUCCUCCUCCUCCUCCUCAGCCUCCGAAAGAAUCAUUCGCUCGACGGUACAAAUAUGUCUGGCCUCUUCUCCUCACCGUUAAUCUCGCCGCCGGAGGCUACCUUUUCUUGAGGCCUAAGAAAAAGGAUAUCGAUUCUUCAAGUGAAGAGGUUGCUGCUAAAUCAGAUUCAGCCGCUGCGGCUUCUGUUACCAUGGAAAAGCCUGCGCCUUCUGCAGUGGUUGCAGAGCCUGUUGUGAUCAAGGCACGUGAGCCAAUACCGGAGAAGCAACAACGUGAGCUCUUCAAAUGGAUCUUGGAGGAGAAAAGAAAAGUGAAACCGAGAAAUGCGGAAGAGAAGAAGAGGAUUGAUCAAGAAAAAGCCAUUCUGAAACAGUUCAUUGGAUCCAAAACCAUUCCUACUCUCUGAUUGUAUUUUCAGUUUCUGUGUUUGAUUUGGUUUCAGUUUUUAUUCUUGUGUAUAUCAAUCAUCAUAUAUUUUGCUUUUGGAUGUUGAAAACAUUAACUUUGAAAUCUUAGAUUUUGAAAAUUUUAAAA